AUGUCGAAGGGCAAGGUUUGUUUGGCGUACUCGGGUGGCUUGGACACCCUGAUCAUCCUCGCGUGGUUGCUUGAGCAAGGCUACGAAGUCGUCGCCUGUCUUGUCGACGCCGGCCAAUUGGAAGACUUUGAUGCCGCCAGAGAGAAGGCGUUGAAGAUUGGUGCCUGUGCCUUUGAGUGCCCCGACGUCAAGAAGGAAUUCGUCGAAAAGAUCUGUUUCCCCGCCAUCCAGGCUAACUGUCAAUACGAAGACCGUUACCUUUUGGGGACCUCGUUGGCUCGUCCCGUCAUCGCCAAGGCGCAAAUUGACGUCGCCGAUAAGCACGGCUGUUUCGCCGUCGCCCACGGGUGCACCGGUAAGGGUAACGACCAGGUCAGAUUCGAAUUGGCCUACUACGCGUUGAAGCCCGACGUGCAAGUGAUUGCCCCCUGGAGAGACCCGGCUUUCUUCGAAAGAUUCGCCGGCAGAAACGACUUGUUGAACUACGCCGCCGAAAAGGGUAUCCCCGUCGCCCAGACCAAGGCCAAGCCCUGGUCCACCGACGAAAACUUGGCCCACAUCUCCUACGAAGCCGGUAUCUUGGAAGACCCCGACACCACCCCUCCUAAGGACAUGUGGAAGUUGACUGUCGACCCCACCGACGCUCCUGACACCCCUGAAGAAUUCAAGGUCCACUUUGAGAAGGGGAUCCCCACCAAGCUCGAAGUGCAAGGUAAGGAAAUCACCGACUCCGUCGAACUUUUCCUCGCCGCCAACGAGUUGGCCAAGAGAAACGGUGUCGGUCGUGUCGACAUCUUGGAAAACCGUUUCAUCGGGAUCAAGUCGAGAGGGUGCUACGAAACCCCCGGUUUGACCAUCCUCAGAGCCGCCCACAUCGACAUCGAAGGGUUGACUUUGGACAAGGAAUUGCGUGCGUUGAGAGACCAAUUCGUCACCAUCUCGUUCUCGAGACAAUUGUACAACGGGAUGUACUUCACCCCUGAAUGUGAAUUCAUCCGUUCCACCAUCCCCGCCUCGCAAAAGACCGUCAACGGUGUCGUGAGAUUGGCUGCCUACAAGGGUAACGUGAUCGUGUUGGGGAGAUCGUCGGAAACCGAAAACUUGUACGACGCCACCGAGCUGUCGAUGGACGAGUUGACCGGGUUCUCGCCCGAAGCCACCUCGGGCUUUAUCACCAUCCAAUCGAUCAGACUCAAGAAGUACGGUGAAGCCGCCAAGACCAACAACAAGCCCUUGGAAUUGUAA